AGCCAGUCAGGUUAUUCAGCCCGUUACCACUUCUCAUUUUUUCCUCAGUCCAGUGAAGGUCUUCUCCUCGUACUUACAUUCCAAACUUUUUCGGGAUCGCGGCAGUUUGCUUCCCUUUUUCACUUUCUUCCCCACUCCGGAGAGCUUAACAGUUGUUAUCCAAUCCACCGGUGAAAGUUUCUGAACGGCAGUUUGUGAUUGUUCCCGCCUACAUUUCCAUCUGCUCAGCCCAGCAUUGAACAAAGAUGGACGACCACUCGCAUCAUGACCAUUUCGGUCACGGGGAUACGGAUUACAAUUCAUCUCACCAAGAUCAUAGCAUUCCGGGCCACGACCACUCAUCCGAUAGCCACGCCACACACGAUCACUCGUCUCACGCCGGCCACAUGAUGAUGAUGACGUUCCACUUUGGGUACAAUGAGGCGAUUCUCUUCGAUUUCUGGAACGUAAGCACGAUCGCCGGCUUCAUCAGCUCCUUCAUCGGCAUUUUCGUCGUUUCCCUUAUCUACGAAGGGAUUAAAUAUUACAGAGAGUAUCUAUUUUGGGAAAACCUGAACAAUACUCAUUACAAAUCUGUAACAAAUGGUCGAGCGAGGAGUUCCAGCUUGCCAGGAGGUGUCGAACCAAUCACCAGUAUCCAGGAUGUGUUGCAUAAGCAGCCGGCCCCGAGAAUUUGGAGUUGGUUCAACGCGAUGCAGACCAUGCUUCACAUGCUCCAGAUGACUAUCAGCUAUCUGCUCAUGCUCAUAUUCAUGACUUUCAACGUCUGGCUGUGCCUGGCGGUGGUCCUCGGUUCCUCGACGGGCUACUUCUUCUUCGGCUGGAAAAAGACAUUGGUCGUCGACAGGAACGAACACUGCCACUGAGGCCGUUGCGAUUGUUCUUUUCUUUUUUUUUAAACCGAUUCGUAGACAUAUCGGUAGCUUGGAAAUAGAUAAAUCCGAUUUUUAUCGCAGCUCACAUGUUAAACGUGAAAGGGCACGGGACCAACGUCUCGUUACUUUUUUAACUGUAUUGACAGUAUUUGUUCCCUUUUACUUUUAAUUAAUGGUGUAUUUUUUAUUUAGAGUAAUGUAAUAUAUUGUUCUUAAAUGACAUUUCUUAUUUUAUCAAUUUCAAAAGAUGACAAGUAUAGAAUUUAUUUUUUUAUAUCUGAAUAUUAUGGCUUGUUCGAUAGUGAUUGUGAAAAUCACUUAAAAGAAUAUAGUAAAUGGAUAAUUUAUCUGUGGAAUAUUACAUGUGUAUAUGUUGUUAUAAAUAUAUGUAAAUAAAUAAUGGCGACUUGGGGAGGGGUAACGUCUCCGAAUGGCAUUUAUCGAUAAGAUUUGUUUAUAAAAGAGUAGAAAAAGUUCUUGAUGAAUACGCAGGAUGUUAUACGAUUCAAACACCUAUUGAUUUCUUCCAUAUUUAUAGAUAUUUAUUUUAUUUAAAUUCAUGUUGGAUCACAAUGAUCAGUAUUGUUGAAAACGCCUGUUCGAGGCUAAAUAUUUUGUACAUAACAGAAAUUAAAUAAAUAAGAUGAUAA